AUGUCGAACGACGAUGAGCACGACCAAGUCUUCAAAGGCACCACCACCGAGGAUGUGCGACUCGAGAAUCUGGGCUAUGAGCAAGGUCGGUAUCCUUCUGAGAAGCAGCUAUGGACCGCUCUCAGCGGUGUCUUUAUUGUUGGUGUCAACUCUGGGGGUCCACCGGUAAUGGUAUUCAGUUUUAUUGGAGUUUCACUCCUGACCCUGGCUGUGGCGAUUCCCAUGGCGGAGAUGUGUUCCAUGUACCCCGUGGCAGGAGGCCAAUACUCCUGGGUGGCUGCCUUGACGCCCCCUAGGUAUGCACGAGGCCUUUCAUAUGUGACUGGAUGGUUUAUGCUUAUUGGUCUUCUUGCGAUGGGAGCCACGAACAACUACAUUGCCUCAAAUUUUGUGCUUGGAAUGGCAAACUUGAUUUUCCCCGAAUAUGUCAUUGAGCGAUGGCAGACGGUUCUGGUGGCCUAUUUGGUCGCCAUUCUCGGGACCUGUGUUAACAUCUGGGGAUCCCACCUACUCCAUCGCAUUUCCAAAUUUAUCUUGAUUUGGAAUGUUGGCUCUUUCCUCAUCGUGACCAUCACCCUUCUCGCAACAAAUGAUCACAAGCAACCAGCGUCUUUCGUAUUCCAGGACUUCCAGAAUACAACGGGCUGGGGUACAGGCAUGGCGGCUAUCAUCGGUAUUUUGCAAGCCUGCUUUGGCAUGUGCUGCUACGAUGCACCUUCGCAUAUGACGGAGGAGAUGAAAUCGGCAUCCAAGGAGGCUCCCAAGGCAAUUGUGCUCGCAGUGGUUUUGGGCGCUGUUACUGGAUUUGUAUUCCUUUUGACUCUCUGUUUCUGCAUCGGAGACAUUGCCGAGACAGCCAACAGCAGCACUGGUGUCCCUGUUAUUCAGAUCAUCUAUGACUCUACUGGAAACAAAGCCGCCACAUGCAUUCUGUCAAGCCUGAUCGCAGUGAUUGUCAUUGUAGCCGGAAACAACAUCCUGGCAGAGGGCUCACGAUCUGUCUACGCCUUUGCUCGUGACAACGGUCUCCCUUUUUCCACGUUUUUUAGCAAAGUGGAAAGCAAGAGUCAAGUUCCAGUGAACGCUGUGCUGCUUACUCUUGUGGUGCAGCUAGCCCUCGAUUCGAUCGAAUUUGGCACAACGACUGGUUUCGAGACAGUCAUCUCCAUUGCGACGGAAGGCUUUUAUCUCUCCUAUGCAAUGGCACUCUUUAGUCGACUGGUAGGCUACUUUACUGGCCAUGUUACCAAAAUGGAAGGUCCAUAUGCCUUCUCCACGCCCGUAUCUAUCGGUCUCAAUAUCUUUGGGCUCAUUUUCCUUUUAUUUGCCUCUAUCACAUUCAACUUCCCCAGUACGGCGCCGGUUGAUCAUCAAUCUAUGAAUUAUACUAGUGCAGCAAUUGGCGUCAUUGGCCUAAUCAGCCUGGUUACUUGGAUUACGACGGGACGGAAGAAUUUCACUGGUCCGGGGGCUGUAAGCUUCUUGUCUGGUCAGCAGUCUGGGCGGAAUGCCCCUCGGCCCGAGGAAGUGCAGAAUGAGAAGAAGGCAUAG